AUGCACCAGUUCUUCGACGGCCAGGGCGGCACCACCGUGUGCCAGCCGGACAUCAACGUCGACGCCCUGUUCGGCGGCGUGACCCAAUGGGCGCGCUCGCUCGGCGUUAAGGUGUUCUUGGGUUCGUUCGGCAUCAACGACUCGGAUCAAUGCCUGCCGCUGCUCAACCGGCUCAUGACUUACAUCAACGCCAACAAGGACGUGUGGAACGGCUGGACCUGGUGGGCGGCUGGUCCCUGGUGGGGCAACUACAUCUACCUCCUCGAACCCAACUCCGACGGAACCGACCCCAACCGCCUCAUGGCCAACCUCCAGAACUACUUCUGA